CACAUUUCUCUCUCUCCCUCCCUCUCUCUCAGACUCUCAGUGUCCUGUCGAGUGCCGUCUCUCGCUAUUACGUCUUUCUUGUGGUCCUACUCCUCCUCUUUACUGCUGUUACUCAAACGUACCGUGGGCCAGCUGCUGUUCAUACACACCUCUCACAGACUCACAGACUCACGCAGCUUGCACCUUGCCUCUUCCCACACUCUCUCACACGUCGACCCCACCUUUCUGCUGUCGUCGUUGGGUUUACUCUCAUCUGCUGGUGCUUCAUGGCCUGCCCAUCCAGUGUCCUUAGGGCCUACAGACGGUGCAUGUAUCUACCUUAUUCGUGUCUGUCCUUCCGUCAGGUACUGCUGCUUCUACUCCAACUUAGCCCAAUAGCCUGAGAUGCGCCCAAACUCCCCCGUCCACUCCAACCAAAACCGCGUCCAUUUCGAUCCAUACAUUUGUCUAUCUAUCUGGGUGCCUGAUGAGUCUUUUUUGCAUCCGCAUCAUCGUCUGCGUCGCCGCGUUGUUACGCUCCUGCCCAACCCUGGCUCGCACCUCCCAGCAGGAUGUUUCUUGCCUUUUGGCUCUGGCUUCUUCCGUGGCCACUUGGCCGCUCUCGUCGAAACCUUCUCUCUGAUUGGUCAGAUGCGUUCGGCGCCAUGUCGUUUGGGGCUAGCGCCACCAAGCCUAAAUGGCUGCUCAACCACUCGUGCGCGGCAGCAACACACCUUCGCAGCCCCCACCCUUUGUGAUUUCUGGCAAUCCUGCACAGCUGAAUGGCUGUUUGCUGCCCAGCCCCAAAGCCGGCAAGGCAGGAAGGUUGCUGCGGAGGAGGAAUGGAAAGGAGGUGGGUAAAUAUGGCAGGGACAAACUAAAAAAGAAGAGUCAUCCUUCCUUCACCUGGAUGCCCUCCCACCCCCUGGUCUCCACCACCGUAAUUGUUCUUCCUUCUGUGCCAUGGCCGAAGAGGGAACACACAAUGGUCUUUUCCAUUCCAUUCCAUCCCAUCUCAUCCGUUUGUGCACGCCUCCGACGUCUUACUGCUCCAGCUAUAGCACCACCUGCUAGUAAACCCACUUCUGGGCAUGGACAGUGAGUGAUUCAUGAGUGCAGUAAAGCAUAAGGCAGGACGAUGUUGCCCGCCUCUUGGGCUCCCCGCUUGUCCAAACCCGCCGUGUCUCCCGUGCCAAGCCGGUGAAGGUAUCACGAGCCCGGCUGUCAGCAUCCAUUCAUCUCUAUCCCACGGAUUGCAUAUCGUCUCUCCCUGGUGCCGGCGUUUGAGGGAAAUCGGCAAGAAUCGACUGACAACAGCUGUUGUCUCGUCCAUGGUCACGCCACUGGUUGGCCGAGCUUCACUUUCGAAGCAAAUAAUUCAAAGGAAAAUCGACCAAAAAAUUUUCUGCACGUCCUUCUGUUCCAUCAUGCCACCACACCCUCAAAGUUUGGCGUCGUGAAGCCAGCCAACCGCGACGCUCCCAAUUACCUAGGCCGCAGCAGCAAACCGCCUGUACGAGAGACGGUGACACACGACUUGCCCACCAUUCUAUCUCUUCUGCGCCAAUCAAAGUUGCGGCCGAAUCUCGAUAGCCAGCUGUGCUACCUCUCCUCGGUCGUCUGCACAGAACCCCAGUACGCAUGUUGUUGUUGUUGUUGUACGGAUACUGUUGCACGAUAUUACAACUCUUUGGGUUUCCGCUUCAGGAUCGACCACAGCCCAUAGGUGAUGGCACUGCCCUCGCCCUCUCCGCCUCCGGUCUUAUUCAACACGUCGGCGAUGAUAUCAUUCUCAUUUCGGUAUCGGGCUGUUGUUCGCGACCCUGCGUCGCUCUCUGCCGAGGUUGAACCUGUCUUAUUCCCCAUACGGUAUCCGCAGUUUGUAGAUACUAUGGGUCACUGGACGGGUCAUGGGCAUCUUAAUAUCCAUCCAAGGUCACUGCUCCCAAUGAAUGUCGACUCGUCGAAUGGCCCAGAGCCUCUUUACACGCCUGUGAUAUGUCGCACUCGGAAGGACUUUUGGAUCCGAAAGCUUUGGUCAGCCAGGCCUGAAGAAAUGCUUGCUUACACAUGGCGCUCGCCAAACCUCGGAAACAACGGAAUCGUUACAUGUGGCGACAGAUUCAGCCACACUGUCACCAAUCUCCAGGUCAUCUUACGUCUCGCCGGUCUCUCGAGGGCUCCACAGCGCAAGCCUCGCUGCUCAGUAAUGCUCAUCUCAAUGUUACCGCUGUCUUGUCUACCGCCUAGAGUUCACGACCCGAGCGUCCCGUCGUCGUAG